UUUUACUGUGAAAAGAUGAGUUUAUCCGAAGAAGAAAUCAGAAUGCUUUUCAGAGUCAACAAAACACUUAGCCAAAUGCUCAAAGAUCGUGGCUACAUUGUCACUGAUUCUGAACUUGAGAUGACUCAAGAACAGUUUAUAGAAAAAUACGGCGUGAACAUGGAAAGAAAAGAUCUUGAUACUAUUAAGACUAAAAAGAAUAAUGAAACUGAUAAGAUCUUUGUCUUUUUUCUACAAGAAACAAAAAUGUGCCAUAUCAAGCCUUGCUUUGAGCGCAUGGUAUCUCAUAAUGUCUUCAAAGCAAUUAUUGUCGUGAGGAAGGAUAUGAACCGCUUCGCUGCAUCUGCUGUAACCGACGCAAACUCAAAACAAAAACUUUACUUGGAAAGUUUUAAGGAGACGGAGCUUCUAAUGAACGUAAAAGAACACGCUUUUGUUCCGGAGCAUAUAGCUCUGACAACUGAGGAGAAGGAAGCUUUGUUGGAGAAAUACACUGUGAAAGAGAAUCAGCUUCCACGUAUUCAUUAUACGGACCCUAUUGCUAAAUACUAUGGGCUAAAACGUGGAGAAGUUGUGAAGAUCAUACGCAAGAGCGAAACAUCCGGUCGUUAUGUCACGUACCGCUAUGUUAUAUGAUACUUAGAGCUUCUGAUAGGAUUUAGUGUUUU